CGGGUGUCUGCGAGCGCGAGUGGUCGCUGUCUUACGUUGAGAGCGGCGCGGCCGCGGAGUGUGAUGCGAGCGCGCCGCCCGCCAUGGCCACGCUCGGCCUCUCCAAGGUGUUCAUUCUCGACAAAUACUUCACUGAGCUGCAGCGGUUUUGGGAAACGGAGAAGAAGCUGCAAGACGCGUCUUCUUCGAACGAGGCCGUGCAUCUACAGCGGCGCCUGCUGUGUCUGAGCUCAGACCUCGUGUCGCUGCGGAACCAUUUGCUCGUGGGCGCCGGGGGCGCAGCGGCUGCUGGGGGCGCCAGCGCUGCCGGGGGCGCCAGCGCUACCGGGGGCGCCAGUACUGCCGGGGGCGCCAGCGCGGUCGGGGGCGCGGCAGGGGCGGGGCAGCCCGCCGUGCCUCCCCGCGCCCCGCACCUUCUGCCGCCGCCCCCAGCCGCGCAGCCCCCCGCCCCGCCCGCCCCACCCGCUCCCUCGCCAGAGAGUCGCUGGCCGCAGCCGAAGCAGGCGGCGGCAGGCGGCGGGGGCGCGGGGGGCGGCGGGGGCGCGGGGGGCGCGGCGGCCGACGUGGAGGACCUGAUCCACCUGCGCGGGCCGCUGACGGAGGACGCCGUGGUGCGUGCGCUGCAGGCGCGCUUCUACCACAACAAGUUCUACACCAUGAUCGGGCCCGUGCUGGUGGCGGUGAACCCGUACACGGAUGCGUGCAACGCGCUGACGCUGACGGCGGCGCGGGCGCAGCGGCCCGAGCUGGCGCGGCUGGUGCAGGACGCCGUGCGCCACCAGGCCGACACGGGCUACCCGCAGGCCAUCAUCCUGUCCGGCGUGUCGGGGUCCGGCAAGACGUACGCGUCCAUGGUGCUGCUGCGGCGCCUGUUCGACGUGGCGGGCGGCGGGCCCGAGACCGACGCCUUCAAGCACCUGGCCGCCGCCUUCACCGUGCUCCGCGCGCUCGGCACCGCCGCCACGCCCGCCAACUCCCACUCCAGCCGCAUCGGCCACUUCAUCGAGGUGCAGGUGACGGACGGCGCGCUGUACCGCACCAAGAUCCACUGCUACUUCCUGGACCAGACGCGCGUGGUGCGUCCGCCGGCGGGGGAGCGCAACUACCACAUCUUCUACCAGAUGCUGGCGGGGCUGACGGCAGACGAACGCGCCCAGCUGCACCUGGAGGGCUACUCGCCGCAAGACCUCAGGUACCUGGCGGCCGUGCACCCCCGGCGGCCCGAGCCCGAGGACGCGGCGCGGUUCCAGGCGUGGAAGACGUGCCUCGUCAUACUGGGCAUCCCCUUCCUGGACGUCGUGCGCGUGCUGGCCGCCGUCCUGCUGCUGGGCAACGUGCAGUUCGCGGAGGCCGGCGACGGGGCCGCCGAGCCCGCCAGCGAGGCCGAGCUGGCCGCCGCGGCCGCGCUGCUGGGCGUGGCGGCGCCCGCGCUGCUGCGGGGGCUGGUGUCGCGCGCCGCGCCGCGCCGCCCGGCCCGCGCGCCCGCCACGCCGGCGGCGGCGGCGGCGGCGCGCGACGCGCUGGCCAAGGCGCUGUACUGCCGCACCGUGGCCACCAUAGUGCGGCGCGCCAACUCGCUGAAGCGGCUGGGCUCGACGCUGGGCACGCUGUCGUCGGACUCCAACGAGUCGGUGCACAACCAGGACGCGGCGUCGCGGCGCACGUCGUCGGCCGGCGGCAGCGCGGGCGGGGGCGCGCGCAGCCGCGCGGGGGCGCGCUCCAUGGCGGCGCUCAACGACGCCGUGCGCCACGCCACGGACGGCUUCGUGGGCAUCCUGGACAUGUUCGGCUUCGAGGACGCGGCGCCCAGCCGGCUCGAGCAUCUGUGCGCCAAUCUGUGCGCGGAGACCAUGCAGCACUUCUACAACACGCACGUGUUCAAGUCGUCGGCCGAGUCGUGCCGCGAGGAGGGCGUGGCGUGCGCGCUGGAGGUGGACUACGUGGACAACGUACCCUGCAUCGACCUGGUGUCCUCGCUGCGCGGCGGCCUGCUGGCGGCGCUGGACGCCGAGUGCGCCGCCGGGGGCACGCCCGACCACUACGUCGCCAGGAUCAAGGCUGCGCACAGAGGUCACCCCCGGCUGGCGGAGGCCCGGCCGCCCCACCCGCGCCGCUUCGCAGUGCGCCACUACGCCGGGGAGGUGACGUACGACGCGGCCGACUUCCUGGAGGCAAACCGCGACGCCGUGCCCGACGACCUGCUCGCUGCCUUCGACACCAGAACCUGCGAGUUUGGAUUUGCGACGCAUCUGUUCGGAGCCGAACUCAAGUACAUGGCCACGUUCGUGUAUUCCUCUGUGAGGCCUACUCACGCUUCCAAUGGGGUGCGGCGCCAGGCUCUGAGCGGGCAGGGCGGGCCCUCGGGCGGGCAGUUCCGCGCGUCGCCGACGGUGGCGGCGGGCGGCAGUACGCUGACGGCGGACUUCCACACGCGCCUCGACAACCUGCUGCGCACGCUGGUGCACGCGCGGCCCCACUUCGUGCGCUGCCUGCGCGCCAACUCGCACGAGACGGCCAUGCUGUUCGAGCGCGGCGCCGUGGCGCGCCAGGUCCGCGCGCUGCAGGUGCUGGAGACGGCGCAGCUCAUGGCGAGCGGCUACCCGCACCGCAUGCGCUUCCGCGCCUUCAGCGGCCGCUACCGCGCGCUCUGGCGGCGCGGCGCCGAGCGCGAGUCGGGCGCCGCGUGCUGCGCCGUGCUGCGCGCCGUGCAGGCCGCGGCCGCGCCGCCCGCGCCCGCCUCGCCCGCCGCCGUGUUGGAGAGAAUGAGGCGCGCGAGGCGGCAGGCGGCCGCCGAGUGCAUCCAGGCGGCCUGGCGCCGCUACCGCGCGCGCGCCGUCCGCGGGCCCCCUCCGGCGCCGGCGCCCGCCGCCUUGGGGCCCGCGCGGCCGCGCCCGGCGCCCAUCGCCGGCACGCCUCCCCCGGAGCCCGGGGACAAGUGUGACCCGACACUAGUGAAGCGGACGUGCUCGCUGUUCGGUCUCGACCUGGAGCGACCGCCGCCGCUGCCGCCGUCGCGCGCGUACACGGUGGCGGGCGGCGUGAAGCUGGGCUACCCGCAGUCGCGGCGCGUGGGCGCGGAGUGGGUGGCGGGCGGCGUGCGGCUGCGCGCGGGCGACGUGGUGGUGGCCGUGGGCGCGGCGCGGCGCGGCUGCGUGGCCGUGCGCGCCGCCGGACGCACCGUCUGCGUGCCGCACCACGUGCUGGCGCCCGCGCGCGCGCGCCCCCCGCCGCCGCCCGCGCCCCCGCACCCCGCGCCCCCGCACCCGGCGCCCCACCAGCCCGCGCCCCCGCCGCCGCCCGCUCUCGCCUGA